AUGGCCAUAUUAGAAAAGGAAAACAAAUUUGUCCAUAGAAAAGUGGAUGAGAGAAAGGACAAAAGAAGGCCGGUGCCCUUGGAUUAUGAUUCCAUACAAAAAACAAUAGAGUCAACAAUGGACUCAGAGAUAGUGGAAGAGCCCGGAAUAUCUUUGAAAAUACCCGAGGCUGUCCAGUCUUGCGUCUCAGACGGGUCUCCCUUCACCUUCAAAGAUACCAAGAGUAUGGACGAUGGCCUGGAGAGUAACUAUCAGUGCUGCGGUGAGUCUCUCCCCACACUGCACGAUUUGGUCUCGCACUACGAGAGAUCGCACUACAAGUUUAUAUCAACCGAUAAGAAAAAAGAUGGUCUGCAGCACGUGAAAUGGCACGGGGGCGACUCACACAAUGAGAUAGUGCAGGUUCCAACGGUGGUUUUCAACGACAGCUCGAUGACGUACGACUACUUCAAGCCAACUGCCUUCUACAAUACGAUACUCCAGUCGGAGUCGCUUUCUCUGGGGGUUUUGCUUCCUCCGGUCGUGGUCCGAGACUUCGACAUGGACGCGGAGGUUGAGCUUAUAGGAGAGUCGCACUACGAGGACGAAGACAAAAAGCGGCCUUUCAAGUGCACCCAUGCCGGAUGUAAUAAGAAGUACACGUCAGCAUACGGGCUGAAGUACCACAUGAGCAAGGGGCAUACCGGGGGCGGAAUGGAGAGCGAGAAACCGUACGCCUGUGAUGUGCCAGGCUGUGGGAAGAGAUACAAAAAUGCAAACGGCCUGAAGUAUCACUUUAAUAAUGGGCACUAG